UAAAGACAGUGUUUUCUCUUCAAUCAACAUGUCAGGAGUGCUAUCUGACCACUGGUGACCCCUCAGCCAGCUGUUUUGCUGGAUUUCAACCUCAACGCAGAGGACAUAAAGGCAGAAAAAAUGGUACCCAACAAGUGGACUUUACAUCCAGUUCUUCACAAAUCACCUCCUAAGAGUUGGCUUGGCAUCCGACUACGUCUCAAUGAGAAGCCGGCGCUGGAAGAGGACAGCGUGGUAUGCCAGCAUCCAGACUGCACAGAGCGCCGUUAUGCCUCAAAGGUGUGCCAUCACCCUGACUGUCAGGAACUGAACGGUAAAAGCCCUCUGCACCUGUGUGAGUCAUGUGAUUCAUGCUGUCACCUGGAUGACAGUAUGCACUUUGACAGACACCCCCGAUUUGACUUGCAGCCACAAGGUUCCAUCCUGGCACGGAAUGUGUCGACGCGCUCCUGUCCCCCUCGCACCAGCCCACCCUCAGACCUGGAGGAAGACGAGGAAGGAACCAAUGAACGAGGGGAACGUAAGACAGGAGGAAUGAAGCUGAAAGGAAGGGAAGGAAAGAAACCCAGGCGACGCCACACUGAUGAUCCCAGGAAGGAGUGCUUCAGCCUCAAGUUCGACUUAAACCUAGACAUAGACACAGAGAUUGUGCCUGCUGUGAAAAAGAAGACAUUACAAGAGGUGCUUGGGCCAAUUUUUGAGCGCAAGGGCAUUGAAUUAUCCCGAGUGGAUUUGUUCCUGGACCAGUCGAACACUCCACUCUCACUCCACUUUGAGGCAUAUCGUUUUGGAGGACAUGACCUGAAAGUGAAAGCUCGACCCGGUGAUGAGUUGAAGGUGGAGCAGGGAAUCAAGGAUUUGCGCUCUCUCAGUCUGCCAAACAUGAAGCCGUCAGUAGGGGGCAGUCUGUACAUUCUCACACCCGGCGGUGAGAGGGCCGAGCACGGGUCCCUGCCGCGGCGCGAGAGCAUCGACAUACUGGGUCAGGCCCGUCGGAGGAAGAACAUGACAGAGUUUCUGGGCGACGCCAACAUCCCAUCCCCGGACUCUCUGUCCAUGCUCGGUGGAUCUUUACCAAGCGUAGCUCCUGGAGGUUCUCUGCCCGGCGGAACCGCUGGACCGAAGAACCGUGCCACCAAUCGGUUCAGCGUCUUUUUUGGUGCUGCAUCAUCUGGAAAGGAAGUGGACCGCGUGGAGCUGCUUCAUACUAAGUUACAGGCUUACGCGCAGUUUGGUCUUCCCAAGGUUCCUUCUCAGCUUGCCUUCCACCAGGAUUCCUGGGAGGAAGAAGAGGAGGAGCCGAACCUGACCCUCGAGGACAGCUGGAGGGAGCUCCUGGAGAAUCCAGAGAGUUUAAGCAGGCGUCAGUUUCAGCAGCAAGAGGCAAUAUGGGAACUUAUCCAAACAGAGGCUACAUACAUCAAGAAACUCAGGGUCAUCAUUGAUCUUUUCCUGUGUGGUCUGCUGAAUCUACAGGACAACAGUCUCCUGAGUGAGGUUGAGCCCGUGCGGCUCUUCAGCAACAUCCAUGACAUUGUAUGUCUGCACAGUAGGCUGUGGGUCCAGGUCAUGUUUCCGGCGUUGGAGAAAGCGCGAAGCACACAGAGUCUGAUCGAACCCACCGACCUGCAACAGGGUUUCAGUACGUUUGCAUCCAGGUUCCAGCCAUACAUCCGGUACUGUAUGGAGGAGGAGAGCUGUUUGGAAUACAUGCGCUCGCUGCUGAGAGACAACGAACUCUUCAAGAUCUACGUCACGUGGGGAGAAACAAAUAAGCAGUGUAAUCGUCUGAAGCUGGCGGACAUGCUAGCCAAACCACACCAGAGACUCACCAAAUACCCUCUGCUCUUGAAGACCAUUCUCAAGAAAACUGACGACCCAACCUCCAAAGAUGCACUCAGCAGCAUGGUGUCGUGUGUGGAGAGCUUCAUUAACAGUGUGGACUCUCAGAUGCGUCAGCGACAGGAGCAGCAGAAACUAGCGGCUAUUUCCGCUCGAGUGGAGUCAUACGAGGUUGUAGAGGGAGCCAGCGAAGAGGUGGAGAGGGCUCUGAAAGAGUUCAGCUCUAUUGACUUGAUGGCGCCCAUGAUUGACACCUCACCAGAAGAGACCAGGCAAUUGCACCUGGAGGGGGCGCUCCGCAUGAAAGAGGGCAAAGACAGCAGGAUGGAUGUUUACUGUUUCCUGUUCACUGAUCUGCUGCUGAUCACUAAACCAGUGAAGCGUUUGGAGAAGGUGAAGGUGGUCAGACAGCCCCUCCUCCUGCAUAAUGUUGUGUGCAAAGAGCUUAAAGACACGGGCUCAUUUGUUCUCAUCUACCUCAAUGAGUUCAAGAGUGCUGUGGCUGCCUACUCAUUCCAGGCCAACAGCGCCACCCAGGGGAAAAGUUGGACUGAUGCAAUCUGCAAUGUCCAGAAUCAACUGCAGCGGCUGCGCUCAGAGGAAGCGCGUCGACAGAAGGUGUGUCUGAAGCAGAGGCUAGAAGAAAAGGAAGAUCAGGAGGAAGAUGAGGAGAGCUGUAAAUCUACUGCCAGCUCACCACACCUUAAACACAAUGAUCAGAGCAAUAGCCAAUCAGAUAGCUCCACAGAGACCCUGUCGGUGAUGGAUAUGGACGAAUCUGGAUCGUCUCUAGAUCCCUCCAUUUUGAAGGCUGACCCAGGUGGGCCUUUAGACCUUGAUGCUGGUCUGUCCUCCCUCCCUGUUCAACCAGAUCCCCCACACCCCCAUUCUACCAUCCCGCAUGAGGGUACCAACUUUGAAACCCCUCCAGACAGUGAAGAGAGCUCGGACCUGGACCCACAAUACUGUUCCAUGUCCAUGGACAGCGCCUACGGGACCCUCUCACCAGAGUCCAUGGUGGAAACACAAAGCCGAACGGUCGCAACGGAAGGAGAUGAAUCCAAGGAGGACAAGUCUGAGACAACGGAAGAUGAGGAGCUGAAAAAUGUGGACGAGGAAGAUGAUGAGGACGAUAAGAGCUCAUGUGGUUCACAGAACUCAGUGGCGCACUCGUUGAAACCCAGGCGUCGCCUACCCGUCCAGUGUCAUCUGCCCUUUUUGGAGAGACUCACCGUCAAGUCCCGCUCGGAGGACAACCUACUGUCCAUCGAAUACCAUGGUAACAGUAACCACAGCAUUGCCAGGGCAGCCACAGAGUGCACAGGAAGUCGUCACUUAUGGGAGCAGAGGGUGAAAUGUUUAGAUGGUGCGCCACUCAGCAGGAGCUUGUCGGAACUCAUCUCUGCGGAAUCGGACGAUUCUUUACCAACAGAUGCAGAGACGGACGAAAGCUACAGACUCACAUGCAGUUUGCCAUCAGGCGUGAUUUUGGACACAUUGAGACGAGCCAGAAUUGCACAUGAGGCUGGUAGUAGCCAGAUUCCCUGCAGUGCAUCAGAUGGGGAGCUAUCGCCCCCUAGUGGCAUGGAGGAAAUGGGCAGCAGUAAGAGACCCCGGCAGCACAAAAAGCUCACACUGGCACAGCUCUACAGGAUACGCACCACACUGGUGCUCAACUCAACGCUUACAGCCUCAGAAGUAUAGCAUCUUUCGGGCACAAACCCAGUUCCAUAUCGCCCUGGUGGGAAUGAAUUCUGUGGGACACAAACGCACUCUAACCAAUGAGCUGUCUGGCUUCCCUCUCCGUUCCCACUUCAAGUCAUAUGAAAUCCUCACUAUGGAGCUUCCUCCAAAAAAUUGCUGUGCAGCUUUACUGUCAUUUAUCUACAGGAGUGGAGGAGCGCAGGCUCGUUAACUCAUUGCACUUUGUAAAACACGACUAACUUCAAAAGAUGACAAAGCUUUCAGUGGAACUGUGCAGUUACCGGAGACGUACUGUGAACAUUUGAGGUUGGGAAUGGUCACAUUUUGAUGAUGGACUCUUCUGAUUUGCGGAAGGCAACAAGUAGAACAUGAGAGUGAAAUGCCACACAUUGGAUUACUUUAAUUCCCUGUUUUUGUAAAAGUAUUUCUGUUUCAAAGUAUUCAACAAAGAGGAUGCAAGUGGUUAAUAUGUUAACUGCACUACUGUAUGUAAAUGUGUGUUUGUAAAAGAAAGAGUGAAUGUAUCUGUUUUUCAGAUGUGUGUAUCCAGGUGUACAUACAUGUAUGACUGAAUGAAUGACCUAAACUUUGUUCUGAACCAAAAUACCCACUGACUUAAUGUUCAGAUAACUUGAGAAGCGGCUAAAGCAGAUUACAAAUAUACUUUUGGACCCGUGUUACAUUCAUAUUUUGUCAUGCAACUGCUUACACAAUCAAAGCUUAUAGGAUAUAGAUUAAUUUAACCUCCUGCUGUAUAUCUGGUUGUGCUGGUCAUGUUCAAAUUAUUAGUGUCAGAAAAAAAACAGUUGGAAAGUCUGAGAUCAGUUUAUAAAAGCGAAUAUCUUUAAGCAGGUGUUUAAAGGCAUACUGAUGCUUGGGGAAAAUGCAAUGAUUUUUGACAGAGAAAAAGUGUUUGCUGUGAUAUUCAAGACACUGAUUUCAGUUCAGUCUUAAGGCUUGUUACAUUGAGGAUUCAGGUAGAGUCGCCUGACCCCAUAUUGGCACUUACAAGAGCAUAUACAAGACACUGACUAUUCUAAAGGGUUUGGUGUUUGGUUUGAGUGAAAGUUCAUGAUGGUUUUCUAAACGUAAUAAAUGUAUUGGGGAUUUAUUUCUCUGUAACCAUAUGAUUUUACACAUACUGCUGUUAUCCAAAACUGAAACUGCCUGGUGCUUUACUAAGCCAACUCCUAAACUCUGCCGGGGAAAAAAAAAUGAAAUAAACAAAUGGUGUAUUAAAUGUUUACUUAUGUUUUUUGUGUUCGUUAUAUUUAUUGAGUUUGCAUUGUUUUAGAUAUAAAAUGCGGUCUAUAUUAGUAUUAUUUCACUUCACAAUUGUAUUUUUUUUUUUUUGUUUUGUCGUCUUAAUUGGUUAAUUGUUAUUUGUCAAUUUAUUUUGAAAUUUGCUAAGAACCAAAAUAACAUAGUUUCCCAUGUGAGUGAGUGUUCAUUAAAUGUCUUUCAAAAUAAAAGACAUCUUUCAGUA